AUGAUUCUGCAAUUUGCAUUUCAUGUCAUAAUUUGGACAACAUGGACAGUAUAUGCACUUGCAUCAGCGGAAACUCCGAUCAUAGCACAACCAGGUUGUAAUUCAACAUGUGGGGAUAUUGAGAUCCCUUUCCCUUUCGGAAUGAAAGAUCCCAAAUGCUAUUUAGAUAAAUGGUUUGAAAUAGAAUGCAGAUUCAGCUCUCGAGGUCUGAAACCUUACUUGAAGUCCUUCAAUCUUGAAGUGGAAUCCAUUAAUGAGGACGUAGCCGAAGUUGACAUCAUGAACCCAAUUUACCAUCGGAACUGCCAAAACAACAAAGCAAAGCCAACAGUGAUAAACCUGAGAGAAAGCCCUUUCGUGUAUUCCCAGGAUAGGAACAAAUUCUUGGCGGUUGGUUGCAACAACCUCGCUUUUCUGCAGUCGAAUGGGACAGCUGUCGGUGGUUGUGUGUCAGUUUGCGACGACAACGAAGAAGUUGACGACAACUUCAACUUCGCAAGAGAUGGAUGUCACGGAAGGUACUGUUGCGAGACUUCUCUGCCUCAUUAUCUUGUGGAAUAUAACGCAACGCUACAAGAUUUGAAGAACGAGAGUGUGAAUGGUAAGUGUAGUUACGCGUUCAUUGUAAGUAAUGAUUGGAUUCAGGUUCAGAGCUAUUAUUAUUAUUGGUCUGAUUUGAUGGCUGAGAGAUUUAACGAGCUCCAGAGUGUGGAUUAUGUUCGUGCUACGCUUGAGUGGGAGAUUUUGAACGAGACGCUCGCGAAUUCAACCCUGCAAAUCCCUUCAGAUGCAAGGUGUCAUGAAUCUAAUGUUACGUCUUCCACGAACACGACCACAGGUUUGAGAUGUCUCUGCCCCGUAGGCUCCUAUGGCAAUCCAUACAUUAACGGAGGCUGCAUCGCCAUGCCCGGGUACUUUGACAAGAGCAGUCGAGGGAAGAGGUGGGCAAUAGUAGGUGUUUCCUCAAGUUUUGGUUCUAUCAUUGUCCUCCUUUGUCUAUGGUUAUUGUAUAAAGCCGUAAGGAAGAGAGCGAUACAGAAACGCAAACAAAAAUUCUUCAAAAAGAAUGGUGGUUUGUUGUUACAACAAAGAAUGUCAUCUGGUGAAGUUAAUGUUGACAAAACAAUCCUCUUCAGCUUAAAGGAUUUAGAAAAAGCCACUGAUCACUUUAAUAUCAAUAGAAUUCUUGGAAAGGGAGGCCAAGGUACUGUCUACAAAGGCAUGUUAGUAGAUGGUAGAAUUGUAGCAGUGAAAAAGUUUAAGGUAGAAGGAAAGGUUGAAGAAUUCAUCAAUGAGUUUGUCAUUCUUUCACAAAUUAACAACAGAAACGUUGUUAAGUUGUUGGGAUGUUGUUUGGAGACAGAAAUUCCCUUGCUUGUUUAUGAAUUCAUUCCUAAUGGUAACCUUUUCCAAUAUUUGCAUGAACAAAAUGAAGACUUACCAAUGACAUGGGACAUGCGUUUGAGAAUUGCCACUGAAAUUGCUGGAGCUCUAUUUUACUUACACUCAGUUGCAUCUCAACCCAUUUACCAUAGAGACAUCAAAUCCACAAAUAUACUAUUGGAUGACAAGUACAAGGCAAAAAUAGCAGAUUUUGGAGCAUCAAGAAUAAUUUCCAUUGAAGCUACCCACCUUACAACUGUAGUUCAAGGUACAUUUGGAUACUUGGAUCCUGAAUAUUUUCACACUAGUAAAUUUACAGAAAAAAGUGAUGUCUAUAGCUUUGGAGUAGUUCUUGCGGAACUUUUAACUGGGAAGAAGCCAAUAUCCUCAUUUAGAGGGGAAUCUAAGGGUUUAGCUUCAUAUUUUGUUCAGUGUAUGGAGGAGAAUAAUCUAUUUGACAUUAUUGACAAAAGAGUGAUGAAGGAAGCAGAGAAGGAGCAUAUCAUUGCUGUUGCUAAUCUUGCCAAUAAAUGCUUAGAAUUGAAUGGAAAAAAACGACCAACUAUGAAAGAAGUGACAUUAGAAUUAGAAGGGAUCAAGAGAUUGAAUAAGAAGUCCAAUGCAGAGGAAAGCCAUGAAGAAAUUGAGCUUACUGAAAUUAAAGAUUAUCAACCUUGGACUGGAUAUUCUACAUCAACUCCAUUUCCAACUGUAAGCAGCGAAACAAUCUCCUCACACUCGGAGAUUAUACCCAUUAUUACUUUAGAAUAA